UAUAUAAAUUGUAGAUGUGACCACAAGUUUUUACCUAAAAAUAUGUUACAUCUAUAUUGUAAUAGUUAACUUAUUUUGAUUGUGCCGAUACUUUUGAAAGAACGGCACAAAAGUAAAUCAAAACAAAACAAAGCAUUUGAAAAGUGACACACAAGUUAGACGAGUAAGCAAAAAAGAAAGAAAAUGUCAUCUGCAUCGGACGAAAUUGAACUAUUAGAGCGUGUAUUGUUUCGCUUGGGGGCCGCAGACACUGAUGAAAAAUUAGAAUCUACUGUGGGACGUUUUUUAACGCCAGUCAUUCUUAAAAUAACUUCACCUAAUGAAAAUGUUCGUGCUAAGGUUAUCGAAGUACUCACUCACAUUAAACGACGCGUUACUUCACGUUCGCAAGUCCAGUUGCCAGUCGAUGCAUUAUUGGAUCAAUAUGUUAUACAUGGAUACUCUCCAUUUCUACUUAAUUUUGCUAUUAUAUUUAUAAUUAUGGGAUAUCCGAGACUUUCUAUUGAAAGUCGAAGUGAAUUAGCAUCUAAAGUGGUAGGAUGUGAAGAAAAUAUGGAAAAUUAUCAAGACAAGUUCUUCAUGUUGUUACUUCCAAUAUUAGGUGAAAUAAAAGUUCCAGAUGAUCCAAAAGAACGUAGUCAAGUGUUGAAAUUAGAUGAUAAACCAAAAAUACGUAAAAAUUUUCUUAAUCUUCUUUUGGAUGUGUUGCUGUUGCCAUAUGGCAUUACACCAGAGCAUGAUGUUCCUCCGGGUAUGAGUACAUAUUCUUUUAAACGCGUGACUGUUAGUAAUUGGAGAGCUGAAGAAUUAGAACAGAUUAAAAAAGGCAUAGUUCGCUUUAUUUGCACCGGUGUCUUUAAUGAUCAGGAAAUUUUCGUGCUGCUAGUUGUUGCAUCUGCUGAUACACGCUUUAGUGUAGCUACUCCUGCUAUAGCUGAAUUGAGUAAAGUUUCUACUGUGAUAGACUUUAGUGAUCCACAUGCAACUGAACCACUUUAUGUACUUUUUUCUGGUAAUAGAAGUACUGACCCUGAUCGUAAAACGAAUCCUUGUUGUGCCCGUGUUAGGCAAAAAUUACUACAGUAUCUUAUUAAAUGUCGUGGUAAAGGUAUAAAUCCUGCAAACGGUAUACAAGUUAUAUUCGAGGGGCUAUUUGGCGCAAAUACUAAUCAAAAAUGUAAAGUGCUAGCUUUGCAGUUUGCUGAAAACCUAAUAAAAGAUGGACCUAUUGCGCUUAUUUCUAAACUUGCUAAAGUUAUAUUAGGUGGUAUUGGACAAAUUAUUGGGCGAGAAUCAUCAGAACCAAUAGAUGUUCAAAAUGCUGCGUAUACUGCAAUGGCACAACUAGCACGUACUUGUCCUGAAGUUGUUAAUGAAGAUCUCAAAAUAGUACUUUCAUAUUUUAAUCAUCUUGCUAAUGCACCUCCAGAACUACAUUCUUCCAUACGAGAAGCGUUGGUAUCGAUGGCUCCUGCUUUCUCAUGGGAAAAGAAAAAAUAUAAUGUUAACAAUGAUGAGGAUGUUGAAAUGGAUAAUGAAAUUCACUUGUCAGGACAACAACAUCUAUUAUUAGCUAUGCUCUCAGAUAACGCUGAAGCGAAAUUGCAUAUAAUUCAAAAUGUCACUAGUGUCUUUCUCACAACAUGUUUUCCGGAAUCUUAUGCUCCUGCAAGAUAUUUACUUUUAUUAAUAGCAGGAGAACGAAAUUCGCUUCGUGAAAAUGUCACCACAUACCUUUAUGGCGUAUCGAAGAAAGAUCAUGUUAAUUAUAAUAUGUUAUCUUCAAUUGAAUAUCCUGAAGAAGCAUCUGAUGACUUCAACAAAUCGGCACAGGAUCAGAAGCGAGUUGUGUUGCCAAGUUUCAAAUCUAUGAUGCAGCAUGUACAUAGCAUGACUGAGAAACGUUUAGCAAAAAGUUCAUCAUACGUCGUAGUAGGACGUACUAAGCUACCAUUUACACUAGAAGUCUAUGAAGAAGUACUUGACUAUUUACGCGUAUGCUUAUGGUAUUCAGCAGGAAUAAGAUCGUUUCCAGGUGAUGAAAGAUAUGCUCACAUUCUUAAACAAUAUAUAGCAAAUAAUUAUGAAGAGAGUGAUAAUAAUGAACUGCAUCAAUAUCUGCAAUUUGUGCAACGCAGUAUUGAGGCCAAGAGAACCGAAUCGAAUUUGAUUUGUCUGUACGAUUUAUUACAUGUGGCACCCGAGUUAAUUGCAAAAUCUCAAAUGCAUUUAUUGCAACCCUUAUCAAACUCUUUGAAGGAUAUAUCAGAAACUAUGCGUAUAAAUGUAGCACAAGUAUAUGGAAUCUUACUGGCAAACGGUUAUAGUGACGAUGAAUUUAACACUCAGGUUUCGGAAUAUAUUGCUGAUAUAAAGCAAAAAAGCUUAGAGCACAAGCAUGGCUGGCUUUUAGUGAUAGGACAUGCAUUUAGUCGAAAACUGGAAAAUCUAAAAGCAAAUAAUUCGAGUAUUAAUAUAGCCGAGUGGAAACAAUUUGUUGAAGCUAUCAAACUUAUAUCAAAAAUGCUUUGUGAAACACAAUGGCUGCUGGUUUCAGCUGCUUUAAAUUGUAUUUCGAUGAUUGGUAAAAUUGUUAUUAUACCAAAUGUUGCAGUUGAGAUCACAAUACCAAAGGAAAACGAUGAGGAUGAAGUAGUUGAGUUCCAAACUGCUACAGCAGAAACGAAGACUAUAAUAUUUACUGUAGUAUUCAGUAUAUUGCGGAGUACUUCAACACGUGCCAAAAUUCGUGAAGUAGCAGCAAAAUGUAUGGGACACUUAGCUAUAGGUGAUGGAUCCCACUUUACCCAACGUAAUUUAGAAAAAUUUUUGUCAUUGGUAAAGGUGCCAAAAGAUGCUGCUUUGAAUAUUGCUAUAUCAGAAGCUAUUGUGUCAACACUAAAUGGGUAUGAUGUUACUACGGGUACACCACCAGUAGAUUUUGUAAAUGAACAUUGCGACGAAAAGAGUUUUGAAGCAUUUUUGAACUCAAUUAUUCGUUUAGUUCCGGAACCAAAUCCACACAGUAGACAGGCCACAUCCGUUUGGUUAUUAGGAAUUGUAAAACAUUGUAGUCAUCAUCCGACCUUACUUAAUAAAAAAGAAAUAUUACAAUUCGCAUUCACCGAACUAUUAUCAGACGACAGUGAAUUUGUGCAAGAUGUUGCUUCUCGAGGCCUUGGCUUAGUUUAUUCUUUAUCUAGUUCUGAAAGUCAACACGAUUUAGCAAAUUCCUUAUUAAAUCAAUUAAUUGGUGGGAAACGAAGUGUUAAUAAAGUAACAGAAGAAACUGAACUAUUUCCAGAAGGAACACUUGGCAAAACUCCAAUGGGUGGAAAUAUAACUACAUACAAGGAACUUUGCGCAUUAGCAUCUGACCUUAAUCAACCCGAAAUGGUUUAUCAAUUUAUGCAAUUGGCAAAUCAUAAUGCUGCAUGGACGAGUAAACUAGGUGCUGCUUUUGGCUUAAAAUCACUUUCAAAAAAUUCUAAAGCUAAAAUGCAACCAUACUUGGGAAAAAUUAUACCACGUUUGUACCGUUACAAAUACGAUCCCACACCAAAAAUACAGAAUUCCAUGAUAUCAAUCUGGGACUCAAUUGUAACUGAUUCAAAAGAAGUGGUUGAAAAGUACUACUGGGAGAUAUUGCGCGAAAUUUUGGAUAAUUUAACUUUUAAAGAGUGGCGCGUACGCAUUGCUUGCUGCCUAGCUGUACGGGAUUUACUAAAGCGUUCAAAUGGAUUAAGGUUGCGUACUGAAGAAAAUAUGAUACAGAAGUUAAAAGUUGUAGAAAAAUCAAAAACUGCGCCAGUAUCUAUGGAAGUAGAUGAAGUUCCAGAGCCAGAAUUAAAAGAGUUAUGGUCUCAGCUGUUUCGUGUUAUGGACGAUAUACAUGAAGGUACUCGACAAACAGCACAGGGUACAGUUACAUUUCUCAGUAAAGUUUGCGUUGUAGCUGCUUCAUCUGAUCAUGGUAAAUCUGGUUUAGCUGUGUCUUCCUCUAUUUUACCAUUAUUACUUGAAACUGGAGUUACACAUACUGUCGCUGAUAUCCGUAAAAUCAGUAUUAGAACUAUUUCAGAAUUGAUUGAUUCUUCUGGAUCUCUUAUUAAACCUCAUUUGGCUGCUCUGAUACCAUGUUUAUUGAAAGCUACAGGAGAGUUAGAUUCAACAAAGUUAUCAUAUUUAUCUGCACGGCUUGGUAACGAUAACGAAGCUCAAGAAGCUGUUGAUUCACUACGAGCUGAAGCAGCAAAGUCUCAUCACACAACAGAGACUAUAACUAAGUGCGUGAGGUUCUUGGAUUAUGAAUCAUUGGAACAAAUGACUCCAGCAGUUUUAGAACUAAUGAAGACAAGCGUGAAUUUGGGUACAAAAAUUACCUGUGCUCACUUUGUGUGUUUGCUGAGCAUACAUUUAAGCAAGGAAAUGACACCUCUUGUUGCAAAAUACCUUGGUGCUUGUUUUGUUGGACUCAAGGAUCGUAAUCCAACAGUAAGAAAAUAUAGCGCUAGUGCUAUUGGCCACCUAAUGGGGAACGCUAAGGAACAGUCAAUUAAAAACUUAUUUGUAAAACUUGACGAAUUAUAUAUGGAAAGUCCUUCCAAUCGAUCAGUCGUGCAAACAAUUCACGCAAUAAACAAACGUCAUCCGGAACUGUUGAAAGACUACUUAGACAGUGUAAUUCCUUUAGUGUUCUUUGCUAUGCAUGAAGAACAAACAGAAGAAAAUAAAGCCCACAUUGAGUCUUGGAAAGAUUUAUGGAAUGAAAUUAGUCCAGGAGAUGCUGGUAUUCGUUUGAAUUUAAAUGUCAUAAUACCUAAACUAGAGAAAUCAUUAAAUGAUGCCAGUUGGCACCGUAAAGCUCAAGCUGCAAAUGCAAUACACACAAUUGCACAGCGUUUGUGGUCUACAAUUGGAGAAGAUCGUAUACGUUUAAUAAAUUUGCUACUUGUUGGGUUACAAGGACGAACAUUUGAUGGUAAGCAGCGAUUACUGCAAGCCUUAGCUGCACUCUGCAAAGGUUUAGAUAACAAACAUGAGGUAUGCGAACGCCUCAUCGAAUCAGCAAUGCGUGAAUGUCGUAAAGAAGAACCACGAUAUCGCACAAAUGCACUAUCAUCUUUAGGUGACAUAUUAGAAGAACUAAAUGUAGAUAGAUUUGAGGACGUAUAUAAUAUGAUAUGGUAUUUGCUUGAUGAAAAGGAUUUACGUAAAUCGGAGACUUCUGAUGAUGAAGAUAACAAAAAGGAUCUUACUGCAGAUGAACGUAAUAAACGCGCACAAAUCUUUAACAAAUUAAAGGAGACAGUUUGUGAUACACUUGGAAAAUCAUGGCCGAAAAAUGCCAUUGAAACUCAAAACAAAUAUCAAAUAAUGUUUGCAGAACGGUGCUCCUUGUGCCUUAAAGAUAACACAAGACCGGUUCAAGUCAGUCUAUUGGUCGCGCUUACUAAAUUUCUUGAUCGCUUACGUAUAUUUGAUGAACUAAAAACUGCAGAAGUAAAUCAGAUAGUGGAGAAAAAACUAAAAGUUGACACUUUACAAACACGUGAAGUGAUCGUACAGAAAAUUUGCAAUGAUGUACUUUCCGCUGUCUCCUAUGCUGCAGGUGUGCCACAUACAGGUUUGAGAAAGGAGGCACUUAAUAUUGUGUUGAUACUUAUCAAGCGGUUGUCCGAAGCGAAUGAUAUGAAACAAUUGCAAAUAGUCAAAAAAUUCUUUGAAGAGGAAAUAGUUAAAUUUCAGAAAGAUAAUGCGCCCGAAGUACGGUGUCGUAUUAAUGACAUUGAAGACAAAUUGAGUAAAAUCACCUAUUAAAGUUGUGGUAUAAGACCAUAAAACUAACGAACCUUACGAAAGAAUUUUCUUAAAUUACUAAAAUAUAUUCGUAAAUAAAAGGAUUUUAUGGAUAAUUUUUCCUAAU